CAAAGUUAAGUUUGAAGCAGUUCAACGAAGCUGUGAUUCGAAGACUUGUCUUAUUUAUAGAUGUAUAUAUGAAUAUAGCGUUGUUUUUAGGCUAGCUGGAAAGUACAGAAAGGGUGUAGAUUUUAUUAUGGUGAUGUUAUAAGAAGCUGUGGAGGAUGAAAGCUGUUAUUUUGGCUGCAGGUUAUGGGACAAGGCUGCAGAAGGACAUUCAGAAGGACCAGACUGGACGCUUUGAGCAUUUACAGGAUGUUGCUAAACCUCUACUUCCGGUUGGAGGCUGCGUCCUCAUCUCCCAUUGGCUCAGAGCUCUCACUCAGACUGCGUGUGUAGAUCAAGUGUUUGUGGUUACUAAUGCGCUUUACCAUGAAGCAUUCCAGCUCUGGGCUCAAGAGUUCCCCAGUGUUCAAGUUCUUAACGAUGGGACAAGAAGUAAUGAGGAGCGACUCGGGGCAGUUGCAUGCCUUCAGCUGGCUGUCAAUCACUUUGCAGUGCACGAUGACGUCAUUGUGAUCGGAGGCGACACGCUGUUUAAAGAGGACUUCAGUCUCAGAAAGUUCACACAGCGCUUUGCUGAGUUGCAGAGGAAAAGCGAAGACGGCAACUUGGUGCUCUCGUAUCAGUGCAAGGACGAGGAAACGUCAAAGUACGGCAUCCUGGAGGUGGAUUCAGACUUUCGAGUGCAGUGUAUGAAGGAAAAGCCUCUGCCGGCUGAGACACACUCACGCAGCGCUUGUCCCUGUUUUUACUUGUUUUCGAGAACAACACUUCCCCUGCUGGACGUCUUCCUAAAGGAGAAGGAGACAAGACCACUUGAGGAGAGAGACGCACCAGGGAACUUCCUGUCAUGGCUUAUAACAAGGAGGCCGGUGUAUGUCCAUGAGAUCUCAGGACGUUUUGAUGUUGGAAACCUCGCAUCUUAUACAGAGUGCGACAGAUACUUCAGAGAACAACUUCAAAAUCCAGACGUUUAUUUAAUUUAGUAUUCAAACACAGAUUCUUAAAUUUCACACCAGAUUCAAGACAGAAUCAAUUUAAAACCCAUGCGCUAAUUUGCGAUCAGUCUCGUGCACUUUUCGGACGCCUUUUCGUGGCUGUUCUCCAGCUUGGCUAUUCGAGAGCCGAACUGCAUGGCUCUCUUGGGCAGUACAGCAGAAGGUCCGAGUCCGAGCUCUACAGCUGCCAGCCUCAGCAGGAGCUUUUCUCCCAAUCCUCGGGGCAGAGACAGAUCUGCCUUCUCCCAAACCGGCAGCGUGUUCAGGAAGCUCACCACGUCCUCGUCCAAGUACGGAAAUCUGAGCACAAAAAUGAGCUCGUGAACAUCGUUACAAUAUUUUCGGUUAUUUAAAAUCACUCAGAACUAAAAAAAAAAAAAAAACCAAAACAAAACACUGAUUCUGAUUCUGUUUGGGUCUAAUUUGUUACUACAUCACAAAAUUCACAUCUUUCCAUUUAAAACAGAGACUUUAUAAUUACAUUUCAUAAAUCUGACACAUACGUAGAUUAUAUAAAGGAAGAAAACACUCCUUGUCAUGCUGCUAUAGGAAAAUAAUCAACGACAGGAUGGUGUGAUGAAGCAGAGUUACUGCUACCACACUUAAGUUGAUUAUUUUCCUAUAACAGGACGUCCCGAAGUGUUUUAUUCCUCUUAUACCACAGUGAUUUGCCAACGAUUGUCAAGUUUCAUUUCUUAAAAAAACGACACAUGGUACUUUUUAUCCUUUUAAUGUCGUCCAGGAAACAAGUUAGUUCCUGUUCUCACUUACGUUCAACCGCAAAGAAGCGUAAACUCCUCUGUCCUGAAAACGUCGGAAAACUAACUUACAGUUUUACCUCUGACGCUGGAGACUCCUUCCUUAAAUGUUAAAUAAACGUCUCCUUAUAGAAAACAUCACCACAUCAACGAUUACACGUGUUUUUUUCAUCCGUUUAUGCCAAGCGUCCGCCAUACACGUCCCUGUGAAUGAGCUGUUCCUAUAGAAACGAUAACGUAUUACAACGAGCGCAUGAAUAACAAUAAAUGUUUGAUUUGCAGCUGCACUACUGUCAGAGCUGCAGGUAAAGAAAAUAAAUCAACGCCUUCUGACCAAUCAAUCAAGAAUUCAACAGCUCUGUUGAAUUAUAAUGUAAUUUUAGACUAUUCAGAAUAAAAUAAUGUGAAAUAAGUCAAAUAAUAUUUGUUGAACAGCAGCCAAACUUUUACAAAAUACAAAGUUACCAUUGGUUACAUUAGAUAUAUUAGCUAGCUAGCUUCAAAAAGUUUCCACAUGCCAUUUUGUCAAUCUAAUCUGGGACGUGAUUGGUGGAGAGUUUAUAUGGCAACUGAGCUCAUAUGUAGCCCCACCCACAAAGUCUCCUUUUUAAAUGCAAAAAUGUAACCUUUAGCGCUUUAGUGUUAACAAAUCUGACCCAAACACCAAUUUAUCAUUUCAGGGCUACGUUAAAAUUUAAGUCUCAAAGACGUUCUUUUGUAGCCCCCGAUGGUGAUGUCAUUAACAAUAUUAUACGUACACGUCCAGUCAAACUUCUCAGGAUGGCGGAAUGAAAAUUUACCUGGCCUCUUUACCAUGAUCUGCGAUAAUCCGAUCGUCUCGUCCGAGAUUCCUGGAGGAUAUUCUGCCCAGCUCCAUAGCCAGCUCCUCGACCAAUCCCUGUAGCCCCGAGGUUUUAAACCGCACUCGGUGUCUGGAGUAGCCAGCUAGCUGCUCGUCUGCCCCGAUGCCCGUAAGAACAACCUGCCAAUGGACGAGAGGUCAAACAAUCCAAAGAACAACUAAAUGAGCUCCCCGUGCUUCUUACACGGAUUACGGAGUUAGCCGGAUUGGAUUGUUAACAAUUUGACGGUUCAUUCUUUAUCAUAAGGUUGUCCGAUUUGUUUGUGUUCAAGACAUUUGUCUCGCACAGAGCUAGUCAAAUUGGUAACGUGAAACACCACUACGAAACAAAAUACACCCGCUACAAAUUGUAUUUCUAGCUAUAAACUAAUCAUUCAUGGUUAAGCAUUAAAAGGGUUUUGCUACGUUAGUCGUUUAUCCGGACCUUUGCAUCUAAGCCAUUGCAAAUUUUAGUAGAAUACUCCUAAAUGUCCUAAAUGAUCUACUGCAAUCGAACCAUCAGUUUAACAGAUCACAAUUCGUAAAUCUGGUGUACAUCAUCUCAUCUUGUAUCUGUUAAGUGACUUACAAAGAAUGUGCCUAUGACUAACGCUGUUGAAAAUAAAACCAAAGUUUCCUACCUUU